AUUGACAUUUGUCAAUUGUCAUCCAUGAUCCAUGUAUUUCUGUGUGUAUUUCUACCAAUUAGUCAAUCUCUUUGCUUACUGAGAUCUAUAUUUUGAGGAAUUUUAAAGAGGUAUUUUCUUGUAAUUGUAUUGUGGACUCAAAUAAUAAAUGCAGCAUCAUACAAAUAAAAUAGCACAUUACAAAAUUUUAUAAUUUUGAUAAAAUUAUACUAUGGAAAACAAUACUGAUCAUUCAGAACAUUUAACUCCUAUCACUGUUCAAGAAGUAGAUGUAGACUUUUUGCCGAUUGUUUACGAAAUAAUACGAAGCGUAGAACGGGACUUUCACGAUAAUACUGCCAAGGUAAGAGAAUCUCAAGAUUGCAGUUUAAAAGUCCUAGAUCUACAGAAGAAAUUGGAUUUUGCGCGUUCACAGAUUAAGCGCCUACCUGGCAUAGAGUUCAACAAACAAGACCAACUGAAACAGUUUGAGAUACUCCAAACCCAACUACGGUUGAAACGAGAAUUGUUGCAAAAGUAUCGUAAUAUGUGCUCCUUUGAGACUUCAUUCAAGUGAACAAUGCCUCUCAGAGCGAUAUUUAGAUAUUUAGCUAACAAUGAAAGACUAGUUCAGAAGAUAGCUGAAUCAUACCCAGUAAGAAGAGCAGCCCAACUUGCAGUAUCUGUUUUCUUUAGAAGCAAAGAAAAGAUUUCUGAAA